AUGAAGGUGUUUUCCAACUCAGAGACCUUCGAUUACUCCUGGGAGGAAGUCUCUACUGCAAACUGGCGGAAGUACUGCCCAUGGAACGAGAAGUCGACGCAUGUCAUUGCCGUUGACACCUUAUCGCGGCAUGUCGAUGCUGAGACCGGAAUUCUCCGUACCGAACGCUUGAUAACGUGCAAGCAAAGCGCGCCGAAAUGGCUGGCUUCUUUGAUGGGAGGAACAGACGUUUCUCACGUCUUUGAGACUUCCUACGUGGAUCCUGAGUCAAAGAAAGUCACCAUGGUCUCGCAGAACCUCACCUGGUCGAAUAUCCUGAGCUGUCAAGAAAAGGUCGUCUACCAGCCCCUAUCAGCUACGAAGACACAAUUUGUACAAGAGGCGAAGGUGACUGCGUUGUGUGGAGGUUGGCAAAAGGUUAAGAACGCCGUUGAGGAAGCCACAGUUUGCCGCUUCAGCGAGAAUGCCCGGUUGGGAAAGGAAGGAUUCGAGACUGUGCUGGAGAUGAGCCGCAGAGUCUUUAGUGAAGAAAAGAAGAAGCAGACGGAGAGAGAGACGGUGGCGUUGUAG